GCAGUGUAGAAUCUGCUGAUGAUGGUCAAGGCUUAAAAGGAAGAAGGUAUACGUAUACCGGUUGGAGGAGUGGUCCGACUUUAAAAUUUGCCCAUUUAUUUCUUUGAUCAAGAUCAACCACCUUGGUUCUGUUGGCAAUUUCUUCUCCGGCUGCUCCGUCGUCGGACGAGUGAGCAGAGAGCGAGAGCGACCGAGCGAGCGAAGAAGCGAUGAGCGGUCACGACUCCAAGUAUUUCUCCACCACCAAAAAGGGAGAAAUCCCUGAACUGAAAGACGAGCUCAAUUCUCAGUACAAGGAUAAGAAAAAAGAUGCUGUAAAGAAGGUGAUUGCUGCAAUGACUGUUGGGAAGGAUGUUUCAUCGCUGUUUACAGAUGUUGUAAAUUGCAUGCAAACAGAGAAUUUGGAGCUGAAGAAGCUUGUCUAUUUAUACCUUAUAAACUAUGCUAAAAGCCAACCUGAUCUAGCAAUACUUGCUGUAAAUACAUUUGUGAAGGAUUCUCAGGAUCCAAAUCCUUUGAUCCGUGCUUUAGCUGUACGGACAAUGGGGUGCAUUCGUGUUGAUAAAAUUACCGAGUAUCUGUGUGAUCCCCUUCAAAGAUGUCUCAAGGAUGAUGAUCCCUAUGUUCGAAAGACAGCAGCUAUUUGUGUUGCCAAACUUUAUGAUAUAAAUGCUGAAUUAGUGGAAGAUAGAGGUUUCUUGGAGACUCUUAAGGAUUUGAUUUCUGACAAUAAUCCAAUGGUUGUUGCAAAUGCUGUGGCAGCUCUUGCAGAGAUUCAAGAGAACAGUACUAGACCCAUUUUUGAAAUCACAAGUCACACGCUUUCAAAACUCUUGACUGCUUUAAAUGAGUGCACUGAAUGGGGUCAAGUUUUCAUAUUAGAUGCUCUUUCCAAAUACAAAGCAGCUGAUGCUCGUGAAGCUGAAAAUAUAGUGGAGCGAGUUACUCCACGACUUCAACAUGCAAAUUGUGCAGUUGUGCUUUCGGCUGUCAAGAUGAUCCUUCAACAAAUGGAACUCAUCACUAGCACUGAUGUGGUCAGAAAUCUUUGCAAGAAAAUGGCUCCUCCUCUUGUAACAUUACUCUCUGCAGAACCCGAGAUACAAUAUGUGGCACUGAGAAACAUCAACCUUAUUGUUCAAAGGCGGCCUACUAUCCUUGCACAUGAAAUUAAGGUUUUCUUUUGCAAGUACAAUGAUCCAAUUUAUGUGAAGAUGGAAAAGUUGGAAAUCAUGAUAAAGCUUGCUUCUGAUAGGAACAUAGACCAGGUUCUACUGGAGUUCAAAGAGUAUGCCACAGAGGUAGAUGUGGAUUUUGUUAGAAAGGCUGUUCGUGCUAUUGGCCGCUGUGCUAUUAAGCUAGAGAGGGCAGCUGAGCGGUGCAUAAGCGUUUUGCUUGAGCUGAUAAAAAUAAAGGUUAACUAUGUUGUCCAGGAGGCCAUUAUAGUAAUUAAAGACAUUUUCAGAAGAUAUCCUAACACCUAUGAGUCUAUUAUUGCAACACUCUGUGAGAGCUUAGACACUUUAGAUGAGCCAGAAGCGAAGGCAUCAAUGAUAUGGAUAAUUGGAGAAUAUGCAGAACGAAUAGACAAUGCUGAUGAGCUCCUUGAAAGCUUCUUAGAGAGUUUUCCAGAGGAGCCUGCCCUUGUCCAGUUGCAAUUGCUAACUGCAACUGUGAAAUUGUUUCUAAAGAAGCCAACUGAAGGCCCACAACAAAUGAUUCAGGUUGUUCUGAAUAAUGCCACCAUAGAGACUGACAAUCCAGAUCUGCGAGAUCGUGCCUAUAUUUACUGGCGGCUUCUUUCAACUGAUCCAGAGGCAGCCAAAGAUGUUGUGUUAGCAGAGAAGCCUGUUAUCAGUGAUGAUUCUAACCAGCUUGAUCCUUCACUUCUCGAUGAGCUUCUAGCAAAUAUUGCUACUCUGUCUUCUGUAUACCAUAAGCCCCCGGAUGCAUUUGUAAGCCGUGCAAAAACUGCAGUCCAAAGACCAGAAGAUGAUGAAUAUCCUGAUGGGGGUGAAGCAGGCUAUUCUGAACCCCCAACUCAUGCAGCUGAUGGUGGUGCAUCAGUACCAACUAGUUCAGGUAAUGCCCCAUAUGCAGCUAUGAGGCAGCCAGAACCUGCACCUGCCACACCAGCCCCUGCUGCUCCAGUGCCAGACUUACUGGGUGACUUAAUCGGCCUAGAUAAUGCACUUGUCCCUGUUGAUGAUGCUACAGCACCUAGUGGCCCUCCUUUACCUUUGUUACUAAAUGGUCAAGGCCUACACAUAAGUGCUCAGCUUACACGCCAUGAUGGACAGAUAUUCUACAGCAUGCUGUUUGAGAACAAUACACAGAUUACACUUGAUGGGUUCAUGAUUCAGUUCAACAAGAAUACAUUUGGUCUUGCAGCUGCUGGACCUCUGCAGGUUCCACAAUUGCAUCCAGGCACAUCAGCAAGGACUCUUCUGCCAAUGGUGCUGUUCCAGAAUCUCUCUCCUGGUCCUCCUAGUACCCUUCUUCAGGUUGCAGUUAAAAACAACCAACAGCCGGUGUGGUACUUCAAUGACAAAAUUUCAUUGUUGGUCUUCUUUACUGAGGAUGGUAAAAUGGAGCGUGCUAACUUCCUUGAGACAUGGAAGUCCCUGCCUGACUCAAAUGAGGUCACAAAGGACUUGCCAGGCGCUGUGGUGAACAGUGUGGAAGCCACCCUUGACCGCCUUGCUUCAUCCAACUUGUUCUUCAUCGCAAAGAGGAGGCAUGCAAACCAGGAAGUAUUGUAUCUCUCAGCGAAGAUCCCCAGGGGGAUCCCAUUCCUGAUUGAAUUAACAGCUGUUGUUGGUAUUCCUGGCGUUAAGUGUGCAAUCAAAACACCUAGCCCUGAAAUGGCACCAAUUUUCUUUGAAGCCAUGGAGACGCUUCUCAAGGGUUGACGGUGUUUGCCUGUGCUUUUUGUAUGUUUUCUCUUCUUUUCUUUGUAUAAUAUAUAAUGUUGACUACCAAUAUUUUGGUUGAUACUCUUUUGUUUGUCUUUUUCCUUCUUCAGCGGUUAUACUAUUGAUUUAACUGAGUGCAGUUUCAAGGUA